AUGGCUGCAGUCCCAAAGGGGGAGCUGAACCGGUUUAACAGUACCCUAGGUAGAAAAGGGGCAGUUUCAGCCAAUGCAGCUACUGAAAGGAACAUCCAGGGCUCCUCAAUGCGCCCCCAUGAACAUCCCAUCAGCAGCUGCCUUCAGAUUCAGGUAUUGCACGUAGGAGACUGCACACCCCCAACUUCUGCAGAGCGAGGUCGAGAAGGAACCGUGGAGGCGAGGCACGUGUUCCGUCUGUCCCGAGCCACCGCUUCCUCCAGCGCCGGCACCGAGAGUCACAUGGUGGCAGUAGUGAGGGAGGAUGGAGACCCAAGGGGAGAGCCUGCGGACCCUGACCCGUGCUGUGGCAGCCAAAGGAAAGGCAACUCACCCGCUGCCUUCCAUGCACCCCUCUCCUUCCAGCUCUUGGACUUUGAAAAGUCACUGCCUCUCCAGGUGGUAACCAGCUGGAUUGGUGUGCCCAAAGAGGGCACAUGGCCUGCGUGCACUGCCUGCCCCUGCCUAGUGUGGUACCUAACAGAUGCUUUACGUCUGUGGGGAAACCAGAGUGAAGGCAAUGUGCUAAUUCACGACUGCAUGGGAGCCAUGCCUACUAACCAGGAGCUGACCAAGACAUGCCUGCUCUCAGACAGCAGCUGCAGGGGAAGUCAGGAAAGCGAAGCUGACAGCACGUGGAUUCUUCCCAACUUGCCCAGUCAGUGCACGUGGACUGCUGCAACGCCAGCUGCCAUGUCUCCACACUCCUGCAUAGCCUUGCCAAAAGAAACAAAGAUCUUGCCCAACAUCCUGAGGAAAAUUGGCUCCACCCCACUAGUCCGAAUCAACAAGAUUGGGAAGUCCUAUGGGCUCAAGUGUGAGCUCUUGGCAAAAUGUGAGUACUUCAAUGCAGGGGGCAGUGUGAAGGACCGCAUCGGCCUGAGGAUGGUGGAAGAUGCAGAGAAAGCUGGGAUUAUAAAACCAGGAGACACGCUGAUUGAACCUACUUCAGGAAACACAGGAAUCGGACUGGCACUGGUAGCUGCAGUGAAAGGUUACCGCUGCAUCAUCGUCUUACCGGAGAACAUGAGCAAGGAGAAGGUUGACAUUCUGAGGGCACUGGGUGCUGAAAUUGUGAAGACCCCCUGCGGCCGCUUCGAUGCCCCAGACUCUAACAUUCGUGUUGCCUGGAAGCUGAAGAGUGAAAUCCCAAACUCCCACAUCCUGGACCAGUACCGAAAUCCAAGCAACCCCCUGGCUCAUUACGACACCACAGCUGAGGAGAUCCUGGAGCAAUGUGAAGGCAAAGUCGACAUGGUGGUGAUUGGGUCUGGCACAGGAGGCACUGUUACUGGCAUUGGAAGGAAGCUGAAGGAGAAGUGCCCAGAGUGCAAGAUCGUUGGUGUAGAUCCUGAUGGAUCCAUCGUCGCCCUGCCCAGUGAGCUGAAUGGAACAAACACCACAACCAGUGAGGUGGAGGGCAUUGGGCAUGACUUUAUCCCUACUGUCCUUGAUAGAUCAGUGAUUGAUCAGUGGUACAAGUGCAACGACAGAGAUUCAUUUCUCAUGUCUCGCAGGCUGAUCAGAGAGGAAGGAUUGCUGUGUGGUGGCAGCUCAGGCAGUGCCAUGUCUGCUGCUGUGCGAGCUGCCCGGGACCUGAAGGAGGGCCAGCGCUGUGUUGUUAUCCUGCCUGACUCUGUCAGAAACUACAUGUCCAAAUUUGUGAAUGACAAGUGGAUGAUAAAAAAUGAUUUCCUAGAUGACAUCCAGGAGCACAAACCUUGGUGGUGGAACAUCAAGGUGCAGAAACUGAAUCUCUCAGCCCCUUUCAUUCUCCUUCCAGAAGUCAGCUGUCAGAAGGCAAUUGAGAUCCUUCAGGAGAAGGGAUAUGACCAAGCUCCUGUAGUUUCUGAAUCAGGAGUUAUUCUGGGUAUGGUGACCCUCAGCAAUACCCUCACUUCAGUUCUGGCUGGAAACGCACAGUUCUCAGACCCUGUUACGAAGGUCAUCUACAACCAGUACUCAAAGAUUGGCCUGGAGAACAGCCUUGGGAAGCUUUCCUGCAUCCUGGAGGAUGAUCAUUUCGCUGUUGUUGUUCAGGAGCAAACACAGUUCAAUGGAAAUGGCAGUUCCCUCAGGAAGGAGGUGGUGGUUGGUGUGGUGACAGCAAUGGACCUCCUCACCUUUGUCAGUAGAGAUGACAAGAGGGAGCGCAGCAGCUUGGCUGCAUCCACCUCUGCUCCCCCAGCAGGGCCAGCUGCAACCCCCACGCCUGAACCACCUGGCCAAGAGUCUUUCUAGGACUAACCCAGCUGAGAGUUUCUCAAAAUGACUAUGUGAAAAUUGUAAUGUAAUAACCAUUUGUGCACUAAAUGCCACCCAGACCAACACUGAAGAGAUAAUAACUAAAGAAAUUGCAUUUAAUAGCCAUGUGUA